GCUUGCGCGCCCGGGAAAGGUGGUUCUCGGGCUUUUGCGUCCCGCCGGGAACCGAGGCCGUGUCGAGGAGUUCCGGUGGGGGCUUCCUUCCCUCCUCGAGCGAGCCUGCCCGGCGUGAGCCCGCUUUUCAUCCAUCCGAUGCCGCACGGAGAGUACACAAAGUUCCACGGGACAUGGAAGACAGACUGCUAAUGAAAAGGAAAGGCAGAAGCCUUGCUGGGAAGCAGCAGGAGGCUUGUGGGGUCUGGCUGGAUACUUCAGCACUCAAAAGACGCAAAUUACAGAGUUUCCUAGGUAAGCCAGUGUUAAAGGUCUUGAGCCAACCCUCUUCGUAUUCCACUCCUUCAAAAGUGUCUUUUCUACACACAAAACAAACCACCAUUUCCACCUUCUUCAGACCUCAACAAGCAGGGGACGGGAAAACAAGAAGCAAAAGUUUGCUUCCUGUAGCAACAAACAGUUCUUCCGACGUGAAAUCCCCUCAUUUGCCUACUGGGGGAGAAAACCCAUUGCCAGCAUCUGUGAUUCAUCCAGUAGUUAUGGAAAAGUGUGGCCAACAGCUUGUAAAGAAACCCCAACCCUACUUGCCUGGGAAUUGUCACCCUGUCCAAGCCCAGCUGUACAACAGCUGUAUCCUGCGUUCGACUAAAGACGACCACCCUGCUGGAGAGAAGGAAUAUCCUUUCUCCUUCGACCUAGACCAGCGUUGGGAAGAGAAAAGGGUUCUUGAUUAUGCGCCCGUUUUUGAGCCACCUUUGAGAGAGAGAAAUGGGGACUGGGAAAGAGAUCCCCCUCUUUCUCUUCUCAGAGAAAGUCCAAAGAGGAAGGUAGCUUCAAGCCAACGAACUAAGUUUCAGAGAAGAUACAGGGACCCAUCCUCUGACUCAGAAAAUAUAAAUCCUCAGCUGGAGAAAGGGAUGAACCAAGGGAAGCCCCGGGAAGGUCUCAGAGAAACCCCACCUAGGCUCCUUUUACAAGCCAGUGGUCACUUUUGCAGUUCUGAGAACAGCCAAGUUGAUGUGGCCAGCUCUUUGUUCACACAGGACUCGGAGGGCUACAAAGUCAUUUCGCACUGUUUACCUGACCGAGGUAAGCUGCGUUUGCAAAAUAAGCCUCUUUGGGGUAAAAACAGCUCAGUGGUGAGCCCGUCCCAUAAGGGCCACUCGGAGGCUUGUUAUUCUACGGCAGGAGGGCCCCGCGCUUCUCCAGGCACGACCCGGUCUGUUCUUGCAGACACGAGUGAGAAGUCAUGUUACGACUUGCUAUUCACAGAGGAUUCAGAAGGCAAUAAAGUCAUUAAACACUAGCUCAUAAUUGCUCUGUGCAAUAAAUAUCCUCAAUGCCUACUCGGAAAACAAAGUGAUGCAGACCCGAGGUUUAAAGAUGUGCUGUAUAUAUAAUGCCUAGAGUUGUACUCAAGCAGCGCCAUGUGCUCAUUUCUUUAUGUUACGGUAAUCUAAUAAAGGAAAUACAGAAAAUAAUACUGUUGUGGUUCAAAAAUGAGCAAAAUAUGUGGUUCAAAAAUAGCUGUAUCUAUUCGUAUAUGUAAAUGGUGAUAGUGCAGGAGCAGAGUAUCAUCUGUAGUUCUAAGUAUACAUAAUUUGUUUUGAUGAAAUCCGCUGUUGUGUUCUUUGACAAGGACUGUAUUAUGAUUUAGUAAAGUGUCCCUUUUCUUCUCCCUGA